UAAAGGGAAAAGCAGGGCCUCGAUGCAUGUAGCCGUUGUUCGGGAGGACAGAUGUUUUCACAGUGAGAGCCCUCGGGUCCCACAUGGGUGCUUGUCAGGCCCCUGCUGUUCAUCGGCCGCUCCUGUCGGGGAGCUGGAUGCGCAGAGGCCGCAGCAGCAGCGAGCUGAUGCGGAGGGUGGGUCCGCUGGUGGGCCUGGUGGGGCGCUGCCCUGCAGCCUGCUAGGGGGCGGCGUUGAUGGGCCCUGGAGCUGCGCCAGCCCCGUCUGCUUGUCUGAUCCCCUGCGGCCCCCUUCUUCCAGCUGCGGGGCCAUUGUUGCUGGGCCGUGGGCGCAGGUCGUAGCGGCGCUGAGGGGAUCUGCUGCGGAACCUCUGCCUGGCGGUGUUCCUAUGGCCGCGAGCGGACGAUCUGCACACGUACUGCUGGUAGUCGUCGUCCGCUCGCACCGUGUGCAGGAUGCGGUCAAUGGGCUGCCUGCAGAGCGGGCACGCAGAUCUCGUGGCAGCCCACCGCUGGAUGCAGCGGAAGCAGAGGGCGUGGAAACAUGUAUAGAUGUAGGCGGUGUUUCUGGUGGUGCCCAGGCAGAUGGGGCACUGUUCCCCUGCCGCUGCCUCCGAUGGCCCCGCCUGCUACAUCUGGCCCCCGCUGGCUGUUGCUGUAGAGCCGCUCUGCUCCAGAUCCUCCGCGGCACGGGAUGGAGUGUCCUGCCUGAAGGAGGAGGUCAGAGAAGGCGGAGGAGCUGGCUGGGCGUCUUCGAUGGUGCCAAGGACCCUGGCACCUUCGUUGUGCCUGCAGCUCCGGAACAGGUGCUGUGGGGACCAGCAGUACCCCACCACACAAGAACGCACAAAGGUGCAACUCAGUGAAGCCCGGGAUGCUCCUGGAGCCUGCAUGCCACGCGUCUGAACUCACAGGAGUCCUGAACCAAAUGCAGCUUGCUGCAGAGCGGUGAGGUUGGAGAAGUCACGGGUGCUGCUCUGUGACAUCACAGAGGCCUCUGGGGCUGUCCCCAAGUGCUGUCCAGUGAGGACAGCAGCCCCUCCAAAG